AUGCUCCGCCUCCUCCCCAUCCUCUACCUCCUCUCCAAACAGUCCCACGCCUUCCUCGACAAUGGCAUUGUCGGCACACCCCGGGUAAUGUGUGCCGAGAAUGACCUCGGACUCGACAUCACCACCAAGGCUCCAUUCAGGGGAAAUAUAUUUGUCAAGGGCCGCGCCAAGGACAAAAGCUGCCGCCAAUCCUACGCUGAUGGAUCGAACAACACAUAUUCGUUACCCCUUGGCCAAUGCGGAAUGCAACGGUUGCGAUCGGCAAACCCACGCGGUAUCCACUUCUCGGUGACCGUCAUCGUCUCCUUCCACCCAUCAGGCUUCAUCACCAAAAAUGACCGAGCCUUCCACGUCAAGUGUUUCUACACGGAACCCGAAGAGGUUGUAACAUCGCAUAUGGAAGUCAACCAUCUACCAACCACCGAAAUUGCCGACGACAUGCCGAUGCCCACAUGCGACUACUCUGUGCGACGAGACGGACCCCACGGCCCUGUUCUAUCUUUUGCAAAUGUGGGAGAAACGGUAUUCCACGUGUGGGAGUGCAAGGGCGCCGAGAUGGGGAUGCUCGUCAAGAAAUGCGCCGUCAAUGAUGGGGAUGGUGAUGAACAUGCCGUCAUCAAUCCCGAGGGAUGUUCAACCGAUAGCGGCCUACUAUCCGACCUCACCUAUGACAUCAACCUCAUGAGAGCCCACGCAACGAGCCAAGUCUUCAAAUACGCCGACUCAAACCAACUAUACUUCACCUGCCAAAUCCGUCUAUGCCAAAAGACGAUGGGCAACUGCCAGGGGGUCACGCCCCCAAAAUGCGGCCCCGAAGAAGCGCCAUCCAAUCGAACGCGUCGUGAGGCGGCAGAUUUGUUGCUGCGAAACAUGGAGCUUGAUGUGGCGACGCGCAGCCUGCUCGUGCUCGACCCCGAAGACGCCUCACGACUCCGAGGUCAACACCCCGGCCUCUUCUGCGUCCCCUCACAAAUCCUCCCCUUCAUCCCGGUCAUGUUGAUCGCCCUCAUUGUGCUUUCGUUCCUCGUUUUCCACAUAUUUCUCCGGAAACCAAAGUCAGAAAAGGAUCUCAAU